UACCAGUGGACCUGUGCAGCAGUGGCAUUGAAGGCUGGGRAGUUCUUCCCAUUGCCUCUUGCUGRCAGUUUUARGUCCUACAUACUGCUGGAARUGUGAAAUCCCUCAGGUUCCCCAUGUCAGUGGCUGAUUGUGAGAUUUGACUGAUACAGAUGAGUGAAAYCUGAAGGUUCUCUAAGGACUGUUCUUUCACUUUGGAUGUGAAAGGCCAGAGGAUUUUUUACAACCUUGAUUCCAGCUGCCUCCUUUGAAGAAACAAUGAAGAAGAUUUCAGGRCACAUUAAGCCCAGGCAGAGUGUGGUGCUACAGAGGUUCCAGUUCAGUCAGCRGGAACAACUGCCUGGUGAAACUCGUACAACUUCUACUUUGGCAUUACAAGAUUUGGCAUCAGUCUGUGGUUUUGGCUGUUGGCAGGAAGAGCUGAUCCUGGACCAGCUAAUUGACCGCCGAAUUUGGGAGAAGGUCUUGAUGGAACUUMAUACCCGGACUCUGGCCCAGGCAGUGGAGCUGGGAUCACAGAUGGAUAGAGUGUUGCAGAAAACUUGCCCAGGGUUUAUUUCAGUUCUGACAAAACRGUGGGAAAACUGCAGCAGCACUAGWAAAAUYUGGAAGAUAMGAAAUUAUAAUUGCUGUCAUCAGUGGUACUGCUGGAGACAGAAAAAACCUCCUGCCCUGACAAAAAAAUAUAAUCAAGAGAAGCAAAAUCAGUUCAUCCCAUUUUGUCACAGCCCAAUCUCAUCUGCACCAGUUAUGAGGAGACAGCACUUGGGUUGGCAAGUGAGAUGUCCUGCCACAUUAAAUGCAACCCCCAGGAGAGUCAGGAACGUGAAGACCCCACAGCCAGUUGAAAACUACAUCAGUGAAGGAGAGUUUGAAGACGAUCUGAGUUCUUCUACCCCAAGCACAACAGAGCUGGAGGUACGCGGAUCCAGCCAAGAAACAGAUGAAGAUUAUUUUGAAACCGUGUCACAUCAGAGCGGAUCUUUGUCAGAUGUAAAAACUGAGCCUUAUGAGAGUGCAUCAGACACAGAAUCUCUUUCCAGUGAUGUAACUGGGAACGCUUGCUUGGAAUCAAACUGCCUGUUUACUGAAAAAAAAMCCCUGUGCUGUAAUCUUCCCAAAGAAAAGGCAGAAACCUUCCAUGAACUGAAGUGCUUUGGGCAACCAGAGUUUACCCAGCACGUACAGCUAGAAUUGGUCUCCAAAAUAAAGGAAGCCCCAAGCAAAACUGAAUUUUGCAUACAGUUUGCAGAGGUAGAGGGUGAAGAACUGGGUGAUGAAGAGCUAACAUUAUCUGGUGAUAUUUCCAUCACAGCGAGCCAAGUCUAUGAAGAGGGAAUUUUAUCACAGACAACUAGAAAGUCUGUAGCAGCACUGCAGAGUAAGGCAGAGUUAGAAAGCAKUGAAGUGCAGUCCUGUACCARCUCAGUACUCACAGAAGAUGAUGUUGCAAGGCUGAAGGAACAUCCUGCAGUAUUUAGCAUUGCUUGUUUCAAAGCAAACUCAGAAAGCUGUUUGAUUUUUCCUGAGGUAAAGCAMUUUUCCUUCCAGACAGAUGCAGCAUCGAGCUGUAGUUUGCCUAAUCUCCAUUUUGAAACAAAUGGACCUAUCUGUAAAAGUCACACUGAGACAUCUGACUAUAGGURUGAAUUAGAGUCUAUGUCCAGGAUAAAAUGCAGCAGGAGGAAUUCAGCUGACAGUGAGGAAACUACAGGUAAAAGGAUAAACCAUGGAAGCACAGAGACCAUGUUGACAUCAGAUUCACUCUUCUACCAGAGUUUCUUCCACCCAAAAUCUUGGCUACCACACACAAGGUCAGAGAUUACAGAAAGUAAAACAUGGCACAGUGUACCUGAAAAUAUAAGUGCUCAAAGCGAGACAGAAUGUGUGGGGAGCUGUACUCACCCAACAGACAAAUUCAGAUGGUCCUGUUCCAGAAUACAUCUUCAAGGGCUGGAUUUUGAAGACACAUGGMAAAACUUAGAAAGGGUACCUGUAAGCCCUGAAAAGGCUAUAGAAAUAGAGGGCCAAUUUGGCAUAAAAACAUCUUUUCUUGGUACUGACACAACUUCAAAGGAGAGUCAGCUUUCUCAACCAGCAGCCUCUCCCCAGUGCAUUGAUUAUUAUUUGCACUCUGAAUCMGAGACCUGUGGCCUUAACCCCGAGCCAGCUGGUAUCUGUGCUGACAGUUUAACACAGCUGGAUGUUUGUGAGUGCAGUCCAAACCAAAAGGAGACCCCCUCUGCCCUGGACUGUGAUCCAGAGAUCAUAAAUGCUGAGGAACUUAUGAAAAACAAUGAGUACAAAGCUGAAAGAGAUCUGCAAGCAGGCAGCUUCCCUUGUGAUACUGAUGUUGAAUCGGACACUGGUGACACUGAGAACCUUGCAACUUCCCACAUAGGUGCUCCUACUGUUGUGGAAAACAGAGAUUGUGAUUGUUCAGUAAACUGUGUUUCUAAUAGUGGAAUACAGCAUGAAAGUCUGAAGGAGAAUGGCCUUGAAUCUGAGCUGUCAGAUAUGGAGAUUGUGGCAGGAGAAAGAGGGGCAGAUGAUUCUUCUAAUCUUGGCUUUGGUUGGGAAGUCCUGGAAACUGCAAUGCAACCAGAUGGCAGUGACAGUGGGGCAGAACAUGAAGAGUCAGUGCAGCAAAACACAAGUUGCAAAACUAGUGCCUUAAGCAGCCACUCGGAGCUAGGAACAAAUGAACACCCUACUCAUAAAGGAAAGGAUGAAGAGAGUGUCYUUGCUGUGGAAAGGACUCCUAGAUCAGAUUAUAUAAAGCAGGGAGGGGAUUUAAUGACUCUUCCAGAAUUAAAGCCAGCCCUAACUGUAGCCUCUGUAGAGGAGGAAGGAUUACAGUCCAAAACACUGAAUGAUAACCUUCAUGCUGAAGUGGUAGCCGAAACAUUGAGAAACGUAGUGAGYGAGGAUUUGAUGUCUCCCCAUACUGUCAGCAAAACUCAUGAUGAGCCAGAGAUAGCUCYGAGUGAAAGCUGUAGCUGUGAAGAACAAAUUCUGGCCACCCACCCCAUUCCUGGCAGUGCAGAUGUACUUUCCGGUGGGGAUACAGCUGAAUUAAAAAUAAAAGUUUCAGAAGAGAAAAGAGAGAAAACAGAUACAGCUUCAUCCUUAGGGUUCACCUGUAGUAAUUCCACAAUAACAAAUGCAGAAGUGGAAUCCAGGAAUGUUGCGGUACCACUGGACACUGAUACAAUUAUUGGAGAAAGUCAGACAGAUAGGUGUGAAAAAUCACUCACAAAAUCACCCAGUGGAAGCAGUGUGAAGGGCAGUGAUGCACUUACUGCAGAAAUUCAGGCAGAUCCAUCUGAAAAAUCCCUCAUAAAAUCACUCAGUGGAAGCAGUGUGAAGGGCAGUGAUACAAUUCCUGCAGAAAGCCAGGCAGAUCCAUCUGAAAAAUCCCUCAUAAAAUCGCUCAGUGGAAGCAGUGUGAAGGGCAGUGAUGCACUUACUGCAGAAAGUCAGGCAGAUCCAUGUGAAAAAUCACUCAUAACAUCACCCAGUGGAAGCAGUGUGAAGGGCAGUGAUACAAUUCCUGCAGAAAGUCAGGCAGAUCCCUGUGAAAAAUCACUCAUAAAAUCACCCAGUGGAAGCAGUGUGAAGGUCUCUGAGGAAGAGCUCUGCAGAACAAGGACAUUGGUUACUGGUGCAGUGACACUGGAAACCAGCAGCACUGUAAGCAGUUUGUGUCAGGGAGAUGGUGCUGAUGACAGCCUUCAAGGCAGCAGCAUUGUAAAAUCACAAGGUAGAAGUGGUGUGAUGGCCUCUGAGGAAGAGCCCUGCACAACAAAGACUGGUUUUGAAUUAAAGAUAGAACAGUUAAGGAAGUCAAGCUUUAGACACCCUGGAACAAGCGAUGACCAGGUAUCUAAGGAAGAGGAAUCCAAAGCACAUCAAAGCAUAGAAGAAAGUUUAAAUUUAACCAGUGCAGUAAUGCUGGAAACAAGCAGCAGAGCAGGCAGCUUUUUUCAGGGAGAAGGUGUCAGCCUUCAAGGGCCCAGSAUUGUCUCUGAAGAAGCAGUAGGCAGGCACAGAAAUGAAAGRUGGAAUGGCUUGAAGGAAGGAACAGGUAUUUGUGAAGGCCCCUCUUCUAGGGAAGGAAAGCAGCGSUCUCCUGCAGAAGAUGCCUUCAGCCCCAGCAAAGACAGUGCACUCAGUCUGGAUGUGGCUGAUGUMUUUGAUGAGUCUCUGAACAGGGAGAACCACAACACUUGCAUGCUGGGCCUGGAUAAUGUCAGUACCUGCAGCACUAACAGUGAGGAACUGGAUGAGAACUCAUCCCCCAUCCUGGGAAGUAACAGCAGUCUUCAUAAAGCUGUACAAAAGCCAACAAAGAAUGACAGUAGUGGGAAAGCUUCCAGGUUUUUAGUAUUCUCAAAAAUGACAUCUUUCAGGAAAACAAAACCUUUGUUAUUGGAAAAUCAGGGAAGUAGCAUUUUCUUUGGCAGCAAGGGAAAGAUAGAAGAACUGGAUGUUGGGAAAGAUGAUGAAGACACUGCAAGUUUACUGUCUUUCAAAAGUUGUUCAUCUGGUUUAGUCUUCCACAGGAAGGAAAGUUACACCUCUGAGUACUCUGAUGAUGAUGAUUUAUUUUAUGAGAGACCUKCAGGAUUAUUCAACAGAUUGAGCCUGAGGAAGGCCUCUAGCUCUGGUCGGAUACUGAUGGAAGAUGCAGAUCGACAAGUUUCAGUUUCAUCUGAAAACAAUGACAGUGAACCUGUGGAGUAUUCAGGGAUUAAAAAAUCAUGCCCUGAAAAUGAACACAAAAGAAACAAAACCCCUGAGGGUAAGAAGUUCAGGACAAGGUUGGCCUUGGCACACAAAUCCCUUUCAAGUUUAUUUGAGUCCAAAUGUCCAGAAAAGGAAAACACUGAGCAAAGCUCAAGAGUACCAGUGAAAAAUGAAAAGGAGAAAGCCAAACUUCGCCAGAGCACCUGGAAAGCUUUUCUAAAAAACAAGGAGGCAGAUGGACUAAAAAGGCCUGUCUUAGCAAGUUUAUCAUCCACACAGGCGAGUCUUAAUGCAACUGGUGGCCAUGUGUUAACACCAGUAGAGCAACAGCAUAGUUCCAAUGGACACACUUUUUUAAAAACAGAAACAGAUAAUGGCUCCUUAACAGACUCCAACUAUUUUGACAGCUCUGUGGAGCCUGUUGAUGUCUCUUCAGCUGCAGGUAUGUGGAGAAGACGAAUACAGUCCCAUGACUCGGGCAUCAGAUACUCACGGAAUUCUGACCGUGAUGAACAGCAGGAGGUUCUGAGUAACAGUUUAAAUACGUCUCUAGAGGAAUACUGGAUGAAAUCUCCAUUCAGCCCCACUGAUUUGCAGUUGGCAUUCAGUCAGUCAAGUCCUUCGUGUCCCCAGCUCUCAAAUUCUGAUGGUAAAGACAUGCCUUGUAGGCCCAUGAGUCCUAAACCUCAGAGUCCACGAUCCACUUCUCAACACAAGAACUUCCGYUACCCUGGGAGAGUAUGCGCCACUUCGAUGAUCUCUCUUGGGAACAGCGCUGGAGUGGAAAGCAAUUUGGAGGCUCCCCAGAGACCAAAGACACUGAAACCCAGAGGAAGUCUCUUGCUGUCUAUGCACUCAUUGGACCAYGACUACCAGAGGGAUGACAGUGGCAUAAGCAGUCAAUCCCAGAUCAACUUAAAUACAGCGUCUUCCAUUAGUGACAUGCUCCGAGUUGAGGAGUCUAAACAGCACAGUCAAACAGCACCUGAAAAGAGGCCAAAUAAGAAAUGGGUUCCCCAUCGCAAAAGGAGGCCACCCCAGGUUCCACCAUCACCAUCCCCAUGCCCUGUCUCCACCCUGGACAGCAAAGCCCGGAGGCUUUCCUUCCUUGCUGCAGAUGAAAAAGCCAAGGACAUUCCAGAGAGGACGAGGAAGAGACCRAAACCUCUCUAUAAGUGCUUCAGCUUCGAUGAUGUUUGGAUGGAGAGGAGCCAAAAAAGGAAGCUAGAGAAGGAGACACAGCCAGAGRCAGGGGUUCAAUCGCAACAUCUCCCAGAGGACCCCUUAAAAGCUGGAAUAAGUCCGUUAAUCACRUCUCCAGUUGCCUUUGACAUCCUGCCGCUGAAACUGCACCCAUUUUCCCAGAGCACUCCGACAGGCCUGGACUGUGUGGGCUGGAAACGGCGCAUCUCCGCUCCUGUGAUUGCUGAUGGAGCACUGGACAAGACAGCCCUGACAGACGAUGUGGGGAGCGAGGAGGACCUGUACGAGGAUUUCCGGAGCUCCAACCACCGCUACGGCCACCCCGGGGGAGGCGGGGAGCAGCUGGCCAUCAACGAGCUCAUCAGCGAUGGCAGCGUGGUGUAUGCAGAAGCCCUCUGGGACCAUGUCACCAUGGAUGACCAAGAGCUGGGAUUCAAGGCCGGCGAUGUCAUYGAAGUGAUGGAUGCUACCAACAAGGAGUGGUGGUGGGGGAGGAUCCUGGACAGCGAAGGCUGGUUUCCAGCCAGCUUUGUWCGGCUGCGAGUAAACCAGGAUGAGCCCAUGGAAGAUUAUCCCCUGAAGGUGGAGGGGGGCAAAGAGGACGACUCCCGWCGCUUUGGGAUGGGCCAGACCACCAAAGAUCAAAUGAGGACCAACGUCAUCAAUGAGAUCAUAAGCACAGAGAGGGACUACAUCAAGCACCUGAAGGACAUUUGUGAGGGUUACAUUAAGCAGUGCCGCAAGAGAGCAGACAUGUUUACGGAAGAACAGCUGAAGACAAUCUUUGGGAAUAUUGAGGACAUCUACAGGUGCCAGAAGAAAUUUGUUAAAGCACUAGAGAAGAAAUUUAACAAAGACCACCCACAUUUGAGCGAGGUUGGCUCAUGCUUCUUGGAAUAUCAAACAGAGUUCCAGAUCUACUCUGAGUACUGCAACAACCACCCCAACGCCUGCAUGGAGCUGUCCCGCCUCACCAAGGUGAACAAGUACGUUUACUUCUUCGAGGCCUGCCGCCUGCUGCAGAAGAUGAUUGACAUCUCCCUGGAUGGCUUCCUGCUGACCCCUGUGCAGAAAAUCUGCAAAUACCCCCUGCAACUGGCCGAGCUGCUCAAGUACACCAACCCCCAGCACAGGGAUUUUAAGGAUGUCGAGGCUGCCUUAAACGCMAUGAAGAACGUGGCUCGGCUCAUCAACGAGAGGAAGCGGCGGCUGGAGAACAUCGACAAGAUCGCUCAGUGGCAGAGCUCCAUAGAGGACUGGGAGGGAGAAGAUGUCCUAGUCAGAAGCUCAGAACUCAUCUAUUCUGGGGAAUUAGCCAAAAUCUCCCACCCUCAAGCCAAGAGCCAACAGAGGAUGUUCUUCCUCUUCGAUCACCAGCUUGUCUGCUGCAAGAAGGACCUUCUGCGCAGGGACAUCCUGUAUUAUAAGAGCCGCAUCAACAUGGAUGACAUGGAAAUACUGGAUGUAGAAGAUGGGAAGGACAAGGACUUCAAUAUCAGUGUCAAAAAUGCAUUUAAACUGCACUGCCGAGACACUGAGGAAGUCCAUUUAUUCUGUGCAAAGAAGCCUGAGCAGAAACAGCGCUGGCUGAAGGCAUUUGAGAAUGAAAGGAGGCAGGUGCAGCUUGACCAGGAGACAGGUUUUUCAAUCACAGAAGUGCAGAAAAAGCAGGCAAUGCUGAAUGCCAGCAAACAGCACCAUGCUGGGAAGCCCAAGGCUGUCACCAGGCCCUACUACGACUUCCUGAUGCGGCAGAAGCAUCCCACCCUGCCCACCACGCUCCCUCAGCAGCAGGUCUUCAUGCUGGCAGAGCCCAAGCGCAAGCCCUCGAACUUCUGGCAGAACAUCAGCAGGCUGACACCCUUCCGGAAAUAGGGGCAGCCCCUGUUUGUGCCUGAACCCCUUCUGAGAAAGCACUUUAUCUGUCAGUCCUGGCAGGCGGAGCCCAGGUUCAUCCAAUCCUUUGUUUACAGAGGAUGGCACAUGUGCUCCUGCCUCCCCUAUUUAUUUUCAGCCSGACUGACCGUGCUGGCUCCCAGUGAGGCCGCUGGUGCCACGGAGCCAGCCCYGCACAGCGCCCGGCAGGCAAAGCUCCAGGAGUGCAGCAGGGAGACACAAAUGCUGCAGCCCAAGAGAUUUUGCUUGUCAGCUCUACUUGGACUCACUCCUUCCUGCUGUGCCCACCACUGCUGGCUGGCAGAUGUCACAGGGGAUGGCAGCUGAUGGACCCACUGGCCCCGUGGCCACUGCUGUGCUCAGAACAACAGUUCCAAGUCUAUGAUGAGGAGGGAUAAACCCUUCUGCUCUGCCCACCCCCAUGCYCCACAUUUCUCAGAGACAAGAUCCUCCUCCUUGUGUCCAGCUAACUCAGCAGCCUCUGCAGGCACUCAGAGCACAGUGARCACUGCACUGUGACCUCCUCCCUUCCUUUAGUCCAACACCACCGGUGAAUGGUGUCCUACAUUAAACUGUGCCAACCUGCAGCAUGAGUCAAGUUGAAGAGUCUCUCCUAGUGGGUUUGAGUUACAUAAGUUAGAGAAAAAUGUGCCUAAUUAAUACCAUACUCAAUUCCUUAGAUUCUCGUCUCUCCAUCAUUCUGCCAUAUUUCCUGGCCAAUGAAAAUGCUCCUUGUUUGUAAUGUGUUUAUUUAUGGUAAAAAUCAGAACUGUGUAUUUUGUAAGUCUGUAAUUGUUCUUGUCAGAUGUUGUUAACUUGAUGCCUGUUUUGUCUGUUUAAUUUUUCUUUUUUUUUUUUU